AUGGUUACCUCUCACGGCAUAGCCACCGCGGCUACUCCCGCGAAGCAAGACCUUGGAGCCACCAUGCCGCCAAACUAUAUCGCUCGCCCUGGUGAGCUGCAGACAUUUGAGCUCCCGGCCCAGGUCACCGGCACUCCGACAGAUGUCGAGCUGGGAAAAGCGUUAGUAGAUGCCUGGCGCAGUGAUGGCAUCCUCCAGAUCUCCAUGAAAGACACAAAAAAGUCUCUCAUGGAUGAGGUUUUCGAUGCCAGCAAAGGAUUCUUUCGAAAGCCUCACAGUGAGAAAGCGGCCUGUGUCGACUCGCAGAGUUAUUCUGGUUAUAUAGCGUCCGCCGAAGAGAUUACGGACGGUAUACCCGACUACUCGGAAAUCUUCACCGUCACGAAAGAUUUGGAUCUGUCUGAGCCACGGGUGAGAAACCACUGGCCCUGCCAUGGCCCGUGUCCUUGGCCAGACUUGGAGAUGAAAGAUCCCAUGGAGCAGUAUAUGGAAUACCUUGGCCAGAGCGGAGAGAAGCUCCUCCAGCUUAUUGAGUGUGGACUCGGUGUCCCACCAGGGUCUCUGACCAAAUACACAAACGAUGGCUGGCAUCACAUGCGUAUUCUCAGGUUCCCCGCUGUGAGCAACACGAACGGGAAAGGCAAAGAAGGUCGUGGCAUUGGCUCUCAUACAGACUACGGUCUGCUGGUCAUUGCUGCCCAAGAUGAAGUGGGAGGGUCAGGCUUGUUCAUCCGCCCCCCUUCGGCCGACGAAGCUACUGCAAAUUGGGAAGAAAGUGCAGCAGGAUUCCACGAGGACGACUCUGGCUGGGUUUACGUGCCACCAAUGCCCGAUGUUUUCACAGUAUUUCCUGGUGAUAUGAUGCAAUAUUUAACCGACUCUUAUCUCCCUUCCACACCACACAAGGUGGGUCUUAACACUCGGGAGCGCUUUGCAUUCGCCUACUUUCAUGAGCCGAGCUUCCAAUCAGUGCUGCGUCCUCUCCCAGGAUAUGACGGGGGGCAAAAGCCUAGGGAGGGUAUUCAUUAUGGAACGCAUUUUACGAACAUGUUUAUGCGGAACUAUCCAGAUCGUAUCACCAGCAAGCGAAUGAUCAGAGAGGAUAGACGGGAGCUGUUAGCCAGUCCUGAGCUGAGGACUUAG